AUGCCCGGAUUGGACCCAAAAGUGGCAAUACAUCAUCUCUCCGUGAAGAAAGGAGCUCACCCUAUGAAACAAGGCCAACGUAGAUUUAGACCUGAAUUAGUUCCAGCAAUUGAGGCCAAAGUGAACAAACUUAUUGAGGUUGGUUUCAUUCGAGAAGUCAAGUACCCAACAUGGAUUUCAACAUGCCCUAAAGGCGACUUUCCAAUGCCAAUAGCCGAACUAAUGAUUGAUGCUACUACGGGCCACGAAGCAUUAUCAUUUAUGGAUGGGUCGUCUAUAAACAAUCAAAUACGAAUGGCGCCGAAAGGUGAAGAAUUAACAGCCUUUCGCACGCCUAAGGGUAUCUAUUGCUAUAAAGUGAUGCCGUUUGACUUGAAAAAUGCCGGUGCUACAUACCAAAGAGCCAUGCAUAAGAUAUUUGAUUACAUGCUCCAUAAAGAUGUUGAAUGUUAUGUGAAUGACUUGGUGGUUAAAUCCAAAAGAAGGGAAGAUCAUCUCCAGAAUUUGAGAAAAGUCUUCGAGCGCUUGAAAAGGUACCAAUUGAACAUGAAUCCGUUGAAUUGUGCAUUUGGUGUUACUUCGGGGAAGUUUCUUGGAUUCGUAGUUCGUCAUCGAGGCAUAGAAAUCGAACAAGCCAAGAUUGAUGUAAUUUUAAAGAUUCGCGAGCCUAUGAACAUUCAUGAGCUCAAAAGUUUGCAAGGAAAGUUGGCAUACCUAAGAAGGUUCAUUUCAAUCUUAGCCGGUCGAUGUCAACCAUUCAGCCAACUCAUGAAGAAAGAUGUUCCCUUUGAAUGGGAUGAAGCUUGCACUAGUGUCUUCGAAAGCAUAAAAUCGUAUUUAACGAAUCUUCCUGUGUUGAUUGCACCAGUGUCUGGACGAUCGUUAAUACUCUAUAUUGCUACUCAAGAACGAUCUGCCGGAGCUUUACUAGCGCAGGAGAAUGAUGAUGGAAAAAAGAGCGCCUUAUACUACUUGAGUAGAACAAUGACACCAAAUGAAUUGAACUUUUCGCCAAUCGAAAAGAUAUGCUUAGCGCUCAUUUUUGCAAUUCAAAAGUUGAAGCAUUAUUUUCAAGCACAUGUUGUCCGUCUAAUCUCAAGGUUGAAUUCUCUAAAACAAGUUCUAGCCGAUUUCUUGGCAGAUCACCCUAUCCCUGCAGAGUGGGAGUUAUCCGAUGAUCUACCCGAUGAAGAUGUUCUUGUGAUUGAAUCUAGUCCUCAUUGGGAGAUGUAUUUUGAUGGAGUUUCUAACAAAGAAGGAGCAGACACCAGAGUAGUAUUCGUCACGUCCAACGGUAAAGUAUUGCCUCACUCGUUUACCUUAAUGCAAAAUUGCUCUAACAAUGUUGCUCAAUAUCAAGCUCUUAUCCUGGGGUUAGAAAUUUGCGGUGGAUAUAAAGCAACUAAACUUGAAGGUAUAUGGAGACUCCAAGAUAACAAACAAGCGGACGCAUUGGCAAAACUUGCUUCUACUUUAGCCAUGCCCAAAGACGGUGCUCGUAUAUCAAUUUGCAAGAGGUGGGUCGUACCACCAAUCUUUGAAGAUCAAGAAAUUGAAGAAGACGAAACUCGAGUGGUCUACGUGUUUGAAGUUGAGAAAGAAGAUUGGCGUCAAUUAUUUGUGGAUUACUUGAAGUACGAGAAGUUGCCUAAUGAUCCACGUCAGAGAGUUGAUAUUCGACGUCGUGCGGCUCGUUUCAUCUACUACAAAGAUACACUUUACAGACGUUCAUUUGAUGGAGCCUUCUUGAGAUGUUUAGGUGAUGACGAAGCCAUUCAAGCCAUAGAAGAAGUUCAUUCCGGAAUUUGUGGCGCCCAUCAGUUAGGACCCAAGUUACAGUUCCGAAUAAAAAGAAUGGGUUAUUAUUGGCCAUCUAUGGUAAAGGAUUGCAUGGAGUAUGCCCAAAAAUGCCAACCUUGUCAAUUUCAUGCAAACUUUAUUCAUCAACCGCCGGAGCCAUUGCACCCUACUGUUGCUUCAUGGCCCUUCGAUGCUUGGGGCUUGGAUGUGGUUGGACCUACGAUGAAGUCUUCUGCUAGAAAUCUCUAUAUCUUGGCUGCAACAUUCUACUUUUCCAAAUGGGCUGAAGCAGUGCCCCUUCGAGAAGUAAAGAAGGAGAACGUUGCCGAUUUCAUCCGCAUCAACAUCAUCUACCAUUACGGAGUUCCUCAAUAUGUAAUCACAAACAACGGAAAUCCAUUCUGCAACGGUGUGAUAGAUAAACUUUGUGAAAAGUUUGGCUUCAAGCAAAGAAAGUCUUCAAUGUACAACGUUGCCGCCAAUGGACUCGCCGAGGCCUUUAACAAGACUUUAUGUAAUUUGUUGAAGAAAGUGAUUGCCAAGUCAAAACGCGAUUCGCACGAAAGGAUGGGGGAAGCUUUAUGGGCCUAUAGAACAACUUAUAGAACACAUACUCAAGCCACUCCUUAUGCGUUGGUGUACGGAGUGGAAGCGGUCUUGCCUCUUGAAAACAAAUUCCGUCAUUGA